UAAUAGGAUCCCACAUAAUUUAAAUAUGUACUGCCUCCGAUUCAAAAUUAGCCAUUUUUCUUGAUUUAAAAGGAGUGCCUACUUACCAAAAACAAAAAAGAAUUGAUCUUAUUUUUUCAUAUUUAUCCUUAUUAAGUGUUAAGUGAUCAAAUUUUAAUAUUUUUUUAAUCAGAGAUAAUUUAGUCAAAUGUUCUAUAUUUCUCUAGGAGAAAAAAGUUAUUAUUUUCUUGGGGUGUGCAAACAAACAAUUUUUUUGAAUGGAAGGAAGUAUUUGAUAAUUUCGUCACAAAUUUAGAGUGGUAUAUAUAUCAAGGACUACAAUAGUCCUACCGUUAUACAUUAAAGACCAUUUUGACUAUUUUAUACUUGAGCCAAUUUUGAAAAGAAAAUUUUUAGUAGUAUGAGAUUACCAUAAGCCAUUUCAUCAUUUUGAUUGUGGAGAAGAAAUGAAGUAAUUACUAUUAUAAUCUUACUUUACUGCUAAUGGGUGUCCUCUGGAAUGCAUCCCCUUUCCAUAGUUCCAAAGAUCUGCAUGGCUCGAGGAACAUCCUAAUAAUAUGAUAAUGGCUAAUUCACAAGGCUUUCUAUUCGCUUAAUAUUGGGACAUUUGGUUCUUGUUUGCCACUCACUUACGCUGAGAAGACAUCACUGGACUUUGUAAUUUUUGCUUCUGUUUAAAAUAAGGGUAGCAUGAGUGAGGGCCACACUUCACAAGGCAAUAGGCCUAGGAAGCCUGAGCACUACCAUAAGGAUGUCAUGCCAGGGAGUGAGCUGUGGACUGAUGGACUUAUUUGUGCUUUUGAGUUUGUUAGAGGGCACAAAAAACUUGGACCAAAAUCUGUUACCAAAGAUUUACCACCUAAUGAAAUAGAUAAUGAAAUAGUUAAAAGGCCAGUGCGUGCUUAUAAAGUGGCUGAGGCUCCUUCUCAAGGAACCAACGGGGACAGUUUGCCGGAUACGACAGCACAGGAGAUUUGUCCGACGGAUGGCAAGAUGGAUAACCAAAGCUCUUCCCAACAGCAUCUGGAAAGAAUUGGAGGGAGCCAUUGGAUUCCUAUUGGCUGGGCUAGGAUCUCUGAACUCGUCCAAACUGUUCAAGCAGAUGUUGGAUGGUCCACCCAGCAGUUUGAUCUCACGGAUUAUGAAGAUGAUCUCACUGUUGCGGAUUUAGCCGCUCCCUACUGGGAGCGUCCAGCUGGACCUAUUUGGUGGUGCCAUGUGACUGCUGGCCAUCCUUCUGUAGAUGCAUGGCUCAGUAAUGCCCCGUGGUUACAUCCCGCAAUUAGUGUUGCUUUAAGAGAUGAAGGUCGGCUAAUAAGUGAAAAGAUGAAACACCUCUUAUAUGAGGUCCCAGUAAGAGUGGCUGGAGGGCUAUUAUUUGAGCUGUUGGGGCAAUCUGCUGGUGAUCCAUAUAUUAAUGAAGAUGACAUCCCCAUUGUAAUUCGUUCUUGGCAAGCACAGAACUUUUUAAUAACGGUUUUGCACGUGAAAGGAUCAGCAACCAACCUCAAUGUUUUGGGUAUCACAGAAGUUCAGGAACAACUUCUUACCGGUGGCUAUAAUGCACCAAGGACAGUACAUGAAGUCAUUGCGCAUUUAGCUAACCGCCUUGCUAGGUGGGAUGACAGAUUGUUUCGGAAAUUGGUAUUUGGUGCAGCAGAUGAAGUGGAAUUGAAGUUCGUUAACAGGAGGAACAAGGAAGAUCUGAGUCUCUUAGUAAUAAUUCUCAACCAGGAAAUCAGAAGAUUAUCAAGACAGGUUAUCAGAGUGAAAUGGUCUCUUCAUGCUAGGGAAGAGAUUAUUUUUGAACUUGUUCAGCAUUUGAGAGGAAAUGCAACUAGAAUUCUACUUGAAGGAAUAAGAAAGAGUACGAGGCAAAUGAUUGAAGAGCAAGAAGCAGUUCGUGGACGCUUAUUUACUAUUCAAGAUGUCAUGCAGAGCAAUCUCCGUGCGUGGUUGCAGGAUAGGAGCCUCAGAGUUUCUCAUAAUUUGGCUGUCUUUGGUGGAUGUGGCCUUGUUCUUUCAAUCAUCACCGGUCUUUUUGGAAUCAAUGUGGACGGGAUCCCUGGAGCUCAGAACACACCAUAUGCGUUCGGACUAUUCUCAGUCCUCCUUGUCGUCCUAGGCAGCGUACUAAUUGCUGUUGGGUUGCUAUACCUCGGGUUAAAAAAGCCUAUCAGUGAAGAACAGGUCGAAAUUAGGAAACUCGAAUUGCAGGAGUUGGUCAACAUGUUCCAACAUGAGGCUGAGACUCACGCGCAGGUUCAUAAGCAUCUUUCUCGGCAAAACUUGCCCCCAACAGCUGGUGAUAAGUUGAUUGAUGAUGCAAAUUAUGUUCUCAUCGAAUGACUUCAACAGCCCUCGAAAUAGUAGGAUAAUCAAGACAUCAAUGGUCAAGGACUGUUAGCGUACAACUAUAUUGGUGCCUAUUUACUUGUAAAAGAUCUUUCAAAUGCUUCUUGUAAAUCAUCUGAGUUAAUACCAAUAAGCAGUUUUUCUUGCUA